ACUCUCAAUCUUCUCCUUCUAAUAACAAUAAUUCGUCAUCUGGAAAAGAUAAUAACUCUUCUUCAAAUGAUAACAACAACAAUGGUAACAACAACAACAGUAACAACGACAACGACGAUGACAACAACAGUAAUAAUAACAAUAACAACGAUAACAAGUCACGUUCUCCACCAAAAUCAUCAGACUCAUCAAAAGGAGGAUCAUCUCCUCCUCCUCCUCCUCCAUUUUCUCCACCAUCACAUUUUUCUCCAAACUCUAGACCUCUUGCCCCUCCAAAGCCUCAAUCAGCAAAGUCAGACAGUAAGGAUAACAAAGCAGCACUCAGGAUCGGAGUCGCAGCUGGAGCAGGAUUAUUAUUUCUUGUCAUGCUAGUUUUCCUCAUCUCUUGUUGUAAGCGGAAAAAGAAAAGAAAGCAUGAUCAAAUGGGCUACUACAGAGACAAUUCUCAUGGAGCCAUGAAUAAUCAUUACUAUAACAACACUGGACAACAUACGAACAAUUGGCAGACUAACAACAAACUUCAAUCAACUGACCAAUUUCACAAGAUGCCUCCUCCAGGGAGUGGUCAAGUAAGUUCAGAGCAUAGUUGGCCAAUAGCACCACCACCACCACCACCGAUGAUGAGUAGUAGUGAAAUGAGCUCGGCGGCUUUCUCUGGUCCACAUCAACCUGCUCAACCACCUCCACAUCCAGCAAUGGCUCUUGGUUAUAAUCAAAGUAGUUUCACUUAUGAUGACUUAGCAGUUGCAACUGGAGGAUUUACUAAAGACAAACUAUUGGGACAAGGUGGUUUUGGAUAUGUACAUAAAGGAGUGUUGCCUAAUGGUAAAGAAGUUGCUGUAAAAAGUUUGAAAUCUAAUAGUGGACAAGGAGAAAGAGAGUUUCAAGCAGAAGUUGAAAUUAUUAGUCGUGUACAUCAUCGACAUCUUGUGUCUUUGGUUGGGUAUUGCAUUGCUGGAUCUCAAAGGAUGUUGGUCUAUGAAUUUGUUGCUAAUAGCACUCUUGAAGAUCACCUUCAUGGAUCUGGUCGUCCUCCUAUGGAUUUCAAUACAAGACACAGAAUUGCAUUAGGAGCUGCCAAAGGUUUUGCUUAUCUUCAUGAAGAUUGUCACCCUAAAAUUAUCCAUAGAGACAUCAAAACUGCAAAUAUCCUAUUGGACGAAAAUUUUGAAGCAAAGGUGGCUGAUUUUGGACUAGCUAAGCUCUCAUCUGACAACCAUACUCAUGUAUCCACCCGUAUCAUGGGAACUUUUGGGUACUUAGCACCAGAGUAUGCUUCAAGCGGAAAGCUAACUGAAAAGUCUGAUGUUUAUUCAUACGGAGUUAUGCUUUUGGAACUUAUAACUGGACGUCGUCCAAUUGACAUGGAUGGUGACGACGAUACUUUAGUUGAAUGGGCAAGACCUAUUUUAAUUCGUGCAACAGAAGGCGGAAAUUAUGAUGAAUUAAUAGAUCCACGCUUAGAGGGAAACUUUGAUGCCCAACAAAUGUUAUGUAUGGUGGCAUGUGCUGCUGCAACAAUCAGACAUUCUGCAAAAAGACGUCCAAAAAUGAGCCAGGUUGUACGUGCUUUAGAAGAUGAUGUUACCUUGGACGAUUUGAAUGAGGGAGGAAAAUUGGGUCACAGUGCAACUCUCAGUUCUGGAAGUUCUGAACCAGAUGGAGGUUCAUAUGAUUUAAAGAAAUUCAGAAAAUCCAGCAUGUCGAGUCAAGAAUACUCAAGCAGUGAGAACGGUGAAUCUCGUGAAUUUCGUCAAAACAAGAAGUAAACAAUAUAGUCCUUAAUCAAAAUUAUUGCUCUUGACAGAAAAAAGGGUGGUUACUUCAA